AUGGGUGAAUUUGAGCAUGAUAUAGUUGUCCAUAAUGGUAUAAAUGUUGCAUCUGAGGUUGAAAAUGUGGAUACAAAUGUUGCAAAUGUUCAGUUUGAGGUUGGAAAUGUGAAAACUGAUGUGGGAGAUAAUGAUAAGGAGGACGAUGUAUAUGGUUUUAGUUCUGAGGAUGAUGAUUGGAGAGACGAGGGUGAUGAUGUUCCUGAUUCUAGGAAUGAUUGCCAAUAUGUUGGGCUAAUUAACACAUGUGAGGAGUGGGAUGCAAGUAGUGAUGGUUUCUCAGAUUAUCAAUCUGGGAAUGAAGGUGGUAGGAGUAGUAGUGAUUCUGAUGAUGUAGAGUAUAUGAAUGGUGAUAACAAGCAAAAGAGGAAAUCCAAAGUGUAUGAUACAUCUGAAUAUGAGACUGAGUUUCAUGUUGAGAAUGGUGGAAACUCAGACUGGGAUUUAUGUGCUAAUCCCUGUUAUGAGGACAAGUAA